AUGGAGGCCGCAGCGCUCCUUCGGGGACCGCCCGCGGUGGUGGCCGCGCUGCUCCUCAGCGUGGACCUUGCGCCCCACCUCCACGUCGCCAACGCGCUCGUCGACGCCUACGCCAAGCUGCCUCGAGCGGGUGCCGCCGCGCGGGCCGUGUUCGACGAAAUGGCGCACCGGGACGUCGUCACCUGGCCCGUGUACGGCGGCAAGGGUGCGGGCACCCUCAUGGUGGAGUCGGAGGUCGGCGUGAAGGACGACCUCAUGGAGCCGAUUUCCGAGCAUGCACAAACCGAGCCGCAAGAGUCUGCGGGGAGCAAUAGCUCUGCCGGCAACGCCUGGACGUGCUCGUGGGAGCCCAAUUCUGUCGACUCCACCGAUCGGACCCGGACGGCCUCGCAGUCGUACAAAGAUGACGAGGUGGAGCAGUCAUGGCAGAGCAAGCAGAAAACGUCGUCAUAUCCUUGGAGCCCAGCCACCGUGGUUCUACAAGGAAUGCUCCGGUCCAGCGCGUGCGCGACUGCGCGGUGCUCACCGCCUCAGCGGCAGCAGCAGUGUUGUCAUCGGCCAGUCCGAUGUUCGCUUUGUCUCGGCGAGUUCGUCGAUCGCUUAACGAUGCAACUGGAGGUUUUAGAGCCAUGCUCCAGUUGGUCAUGGUAG